AUGCCUAAAGUUGGAGGAAGAAGGGUACAUUUUAUAAUUAUGAUAAAACUAGAAAAAAACAAGAACACAUAAAGAAGCCACAGAGGAGGAUCUUGAUUUGAUUGGAUAGACACCAAAAGGUUUAGUUUAAUUUCUAUUAUCAAGCAUUCAUAUUAAAGAGAGGAAAAGUUUCUUCGACGAUUCGGCAAUUGAUUGAUGAUUACAGAGAUGUUAUGUAUCCGUUCACAAGCAUGAAUUUAUAAGAAUCAGAUAAAACUAAAAUGAAAGAUUACAUAUAGGCAGCUGGUUAUUAUUUAAUAUCUCAUAUGAUCAUAAUGACAUAAACCAAUAAGAGUAUACUAAAAUGGCUAAUAAAUAGAUUCAUACAUAAGAUUUAUUUAGAAUCCUAGAGGACCAACCUUCACAUUCCGUAUUCUUAAAUACGCAAAUAGAAAUGAAGUUCUUAAUGCUCAAAGAAAGUUCAAAUCCUUUUCUAGAGUAUUUUCACCUCCAUUGCUUGUUAUGAAUGGAUUCCAAACUGACUUUUAGAGUGAUGAUCCUAAGAAACCCACUAGUGAACACAUUAAACUUGUAGGUAAUAUGAUUUAAUCGAUGUUUCCUGCUAUCAAUGUUUAAAAUACAAAUCCUAAAACAUAGAAGAGAGUCAUAUUGUUCUCAUAUAAAAAUGAUAAGAUAUACAUAAGACAUUAUUACAUUAGUUUCAAUUUAAAAGGAAUUGAUAAAAAAAUGAAAAAAAUCAUUAAAGCAAAUAAAUUACCAAAUUUAUCAAAAUACAAUAGUUUUUCUGAUUUUUUGUAGAACAAUCACUAAAUGUUUGCCUCCGAUACAGAAUAAUCUGAUUUAGAAGAGUUGGAAAUUGAGAAUAAAUAACAUAAAAAGUAAUAAAUGAGUAUCAGAUUGCAUGAAGUUGGACCUAGGUUGGAAUUAAAGUUGUAUAAAAUAGAAGAAGGAUUUAUGCAAGGAAAUGUUGUUUUUAAUAGAGUUGGUAAUUAAAUAAUAUUAUAUUUUCAGUAUCAAAAACAAAUAAAGCAAUCGAGAAAUUAAGAAAAAUCAAAAGAAGAAAGAUGUUAUUAAAGUAUAAGAGGAGGGAAGAAUAAGAGUAAAACUUGUAGAAAAAAACAAAAAAAUAAGAAAUUGAAGAAUUUGAUAAUGUAAAUAAGAAGGUUAAAUAAAAAUGA